AUGAAGUUCCAACAAAGGAAUAAGGAAGAAAAACAAAGAAUGAAUGAGGAGAUUGAAGAAAGUAAGUAUAUGCCUACUCUACCUUUCCCGCAGAAGCAGAGAAGAGAGAAGUUGGACAAACGAUUCGGGCGCUUUCUAGAAGUUCUCAAGCAGGGUGCUUCUAUUAAUCUUAUGCCUUUGUCUAUUCUCAGGAAAUUAGAGGGAGAGAUUGGAGAAAUCAAGGCGAUACCUGUGUCCUUGCAGCUGGCAGAUCAAAGCACGCUCAUACCUGAAGGAAUAGUGGAAGAUGAGCUAGUUCGAGUGGAAAAAUUUGUGUUCCCUAUGGACUUCAUUAUGGUGAACAUGGAGGAGAAUUGGGAGGUCCCUCUGAUUUUAGGAAGACCCUUCUUGGCUACGGGUAGAGUAAUUCUGGAUAUUCAGGAAUGCCAGCUCAUGCUCAGAGUGGGGAAAUAA